GUUAGUACUAAGCUGAUGAAUAAGAUGAUGACUAGCGUUCGUAGUGAGGAAUGCUUGAUUAUUUGGAAAAUAGCCUCGGAUUAUGCACGUAGAAUGAGAUGAAAUAGAGCUUAUGCUCUAGGGUGUUUGCCAUCUUAUUAUUUUUUUUUGAAUUGCUUUAUUCUGCAGCAGAAAAUACUACUCACAAUCAUAUAUUUCAACCAACUAAGUUAAUGAGUUAUAAUGAGUUAUAAAGCUAUAUUUAUAUAGCUUUAUAACUCAUUGACUUAGUUAUAAAGAUAUAUAAAUAUAUCUUUAUAUAUAUAUAUAUAUAUAAAAAAGAAAUAAAUUAAAGUAGACAAAUAAGACGUAUCAUUUUAUAUAGAGUAGUGAGGAAUUAUGGGACAAAAAAUACAUCCGCUCGGUUUCAGACUUGGUACAACUCAAAAUCAUGAUUCUAUUUGGUUUGCACAACCAAGAGAUUAUUCCGAGAAUCUAAAAGAAGAUAAAAUAAUACGAGAUUGUAUCAAGAAUUAUCUACAAAAAACAGUAAGAAUAGCCUCUGGUGUCGAGGGAAUUGGACGAAUAAAGAUUAAAAAAAGAAUCGAUGUGAUUCAAAUCUAUGUAGGACUUUCACCAAAGUUAUUCACAGAGUGGGAGCCUCGAAGAAGAAUCGAAGAAUUACAGACUAAUGUACAAAAAAAACUUAAUUGUGUGAACCGAAAAAUCAAGAUUGCAAUUACAAGAAUUCAAAAUGUUUAUAGAGACCCUAAUAUUCUUGCAGAAUUUAUAGCUGUACAAUUAAAGAAAAGAAUUUCGUUUCGUAAAGCAAUCCAACAAGCUAUUGAAUUAGCUGAACAGGCAGGUACAAAAGGAGUUCAAGUACAAAUUUCGGGACGUAUCGACGGAAAAGAAAUUGCACGUGUCGAAUGGUUCAGAGAAGGUAGGGUUCCUCUACAAACCAUUCGAGCUAAAAUGGAUUAUUGUUCCUAUCCAGUUCGAACUAUUUAUGGGGUAUUGGGAAUCAAAGUUUGGAUAGUUCUAAACAACGACUAAUAAAAUAAAAUUUUCCUUCUAUAUUAAGGUUCCAUCUUUUGCUAAAAAAAAAAUGACGAAUUCUUACUACACGCUUAUUCCUAAAGAAGAAAUGACAAAUUUUAUAA